GGUCCACCAGGCCAGCCUGGUCUUCCUGGUCCUUCUGGUCCUCCUGGUCCAUGUUGUGCUGGUGCUCCUGAUGGUCAGAAAGGUCCAUCUGGCUUUGGGUAUGAAUAUCGAGAUGAGCCAAAAGAAAAUGAUAUCAACCUGGGUGACAUCAUCUCUUCAAUGAAAUCAAUUAACAACCAGAUUGAAAAUAUCAUUAGUCCUGAUGGGUCACGGAAGAAUCCAGCUCGUAAUUGCAGGGAUCUGAAAUUCUGCCAUCCCGAGCUUAAGAGUGGAGAGUACUGGGUUGAUCCUAACCAAGGUUGCAAGAUGGAUGCUAUUAAAGUAUACUGCAAUAUGGAAACUGGUGAAACAUGCCUCAAUGCUAACCCCAGGACUGUGCCAAGGAAAAACUGGUGGACCAGUGCAAACAGUGGAAAGAAACACGUUUGGUUUGGAGAAUCUAUGAAUGGAGGCUUCCAGUUCAGCUAUGGAGAUCCUGACCUUCCAGAGGAUGUUUCAGAAGUCCAGCUGGCCUUCCUCCGCAUCCUCUCCAGCCGUGCCUCCCAGAACAUCACCUACCACUGCAAGAACAGCAUUGCCUACAUGGAUCAAGCCAGUGGAAAUGUUAAAAAAGCCCUGAAACUGAUGAGCUCUACAGAAAGUGAGAUCAAGGCUGAAGGAAAUAGCAAAUUCACAUAUGCUGUUCUGGAAGAUGGCUGUACUGAACACACGGGUGAAUGGGGCAAAACAGUCUUUGAAUACAGGACACGCAAGGCAAUGAGGUUGCCUGUGGUUGACAUUGCACCUAUAGAUAUUGGUGGUCCUGAUCAGGAAUUUGGCGUGGACAUUGGCCCAGUCUGCUUCUUAUAAACCAAAAUUCUGCUCUUUCUGAAACCCAAGCAAACAGAUUCACACUCCAACUGUGCUCCUUUGUUUUAGCCUUGUCAGCUAGUACAGGUGACCAUCUGUAUCCCAGUUAUUUAUUAACAAAAUUUCUGGGGGAAAAAUUAAUUUGAUACAAAGGGUUGUUGGUUGUUUUUUUUUUUGCUAUUACACAAAAUACAGUAAAAAUGCUUUUUUUUUUUUUGCUCUUUUUUUUUUUUACCAAAUUCCAUCUUUUAAAUAUGUCUCCGUGGUGCUAUAAUACAACACUUCAACACUUAAUAAAACAAUACUGUGUACUAUUAGUUGAAUGUUAGCCAAUUUACAAAGCACUGAUUGCUCCCAGUACCAAAGUUUACCCUUCUUUCUAAGAUGCAGUCCAUAAAGCUAGAAAGACCUCCCUGUUUCAACUACCUCAACAUGGACAGAAACUGGGAUGUGUCUGAUGAGUCAAUCCAAAAAAUCUGUCAAAUCAAGCAAAAUGCAUUGGACCCAGUGGUCAAUUCCAUGGAAUCAUUUGGUACAAAAUUGUCCAUUUCUGUACCGAUUAGCUGUGAAAGGUACAGUGUAUUUUCAGAGUUUAAUACCUUAAUGUCAGUAGCCACCAUGUUUUACUUGUUGGAUUGUAUUCUGCUGUCAAAGGUGCUUCUCUACUUUCCUGUCAUUGCUGGUCAAGACCACUAAAAUUAGGGAAGUGUAAAAGAAUAAUAUGAUGGUGCUAAUGUAUUUUUCAGUCCUAAGUCUGCAAGUCAGGGUUAUUGACUUGCUUAACAAACCAAAAAGGUAAAGGAUUUAAAGCAGUUGUAAAUGUCUCCUGUCAAAGAUUGUCAUUGGCAUGUCAUAGUUGAGAACUUUCUCCCUUCACUCUGUAAAAGUCAAUAAAGAUGAGAAAUUGUGAAUUUCUUCCGUCACGUUAACACAUUUAUAGUGUUGAAGGUUAACCAUCUUUGUAAGCUUUUAUAUGGUUGUUGGUCUAUUCCUUACAGAGACACAUAAUAAAAUAUCUUAAUAAAACUCCUUGUUUCAUAAAA